AUGAAGGAUCAUUUCAAACUAGAUGAUGCAUUAUGGGCAUUUAGGACUGCAUAUAGGACUUCCAUAAGUUUUACGCCCUAUAGGCUUGUGUAUGCGAAGUCUUGUCAUUUACCUGUUGAAUUAGAAUAUAGGGCUCUUUGGGCCCUUAAAACUUGCAAUUUCGAUGUUGAUUCUCAAGAGGCGAGAGACAUGCCGAUGGAAUUGAGGAGUAAGGCCAACAGCGAUGAAAACUCUUCAAUUUACAAGGCCAAGACAAAGAAAUGGCAUGAUCAAAGGCUCAAAGGUUCCAAGGAGUUUCAGAUUGGAGAUAGAGUAUUGCUAUAUAAUUCACGUCUUCGUUUGUUUCCAGGGAAGCUCAGGAGUAGAUGGUCGGGGCCAUUCGUGGUUAAGCAAGUUUCCUAUAUGGCACAGUCGAGCUUCAUCAUCCUGAGAAGGGUGAUUUUAAGGUCAAUGGACAUAGGCUCAAAGUGUAUCACGGAAACUCGUUGGAGAUUGAGCAGCAGGUUAACAUGA